AUGGCCCGACUUGAAGAAAUGUGGUUAGACGACAAACAUCAGGACACCAGCGUUGACCUCACUGCUAUCUACGCGGCAAAGGGCGUCCCGCCGCACCAGUGCCGGCUGGAGCUGCUAGACUGCGGCAGCAACCCUUCGCGCGCGAACACACCGGAGGACGACCCUGCACACGCGAACACACUGGAGGAUGUUCGCUUCGAGGACCUCGUCGACUUCCUCGCGCACGACUCCCGGGCGAUCCAUGCAAUGGUAGCUUUCCAGGAGGCGUGCGAGCAGCAGGAGGCGCAGUUGCGUGCGAAAACGCUCCCGAAUUGA